AUGACAAGGACAGGAAAGGAGGAGAGACGAGAAGAACUCCCCAGAGAGGCAUCAGAGGACAAGACGACAGAAAGAAUGAGAGAAGAAGAACAGCAGAGACAGAGGACAAGGAGAGACAGAGAAGAACACGGACAAGAUGACAAGACGAGACAGAGAAGAGGACAAGGAGGACAGACGAGAAGACAGAGGAGAGAGAGACGAACAGAGAGACAGAGACUGAGGACAGAACAAGAGGAGAAUCAGAGGACAAGAAACGACAGAGAGAGGAACACACAAGGACAGAGACGACAGAGACGAGAAGAACAAGGACAGGAACUGAGGACAGAGACCAAGGAGAGACACAAGAAGACAGAGGCACAGACGACAAGACGAGAGAGAGAGAAGAACAGGACUGGGGAGAGACAGAGAGGACAAGAGACAGGAAGGAGAGAGGAGAGACACAGAAGAGACAGAGAAUCAGACAAGACAGACAGGAGAGACGAGAAGAACACGGAGAGGCAAUCAGAGGAACAGACAGAGAAGGAGAAGAGGACACAGAGAGACACAGACAAGGAAAGACACAGAGAGACAAGGAGAGAGGAGACAGAGAGACGGAGAGGACAGAGACAGAGACAGACAGAAGAAGAGAGACACAAGAACACAAGAGACAAGACAAGAAUCAGAGGACAAGACGACAGAGAGAAGAAGAGAGAGGACAAGAGACAGAGAGACGAGAACACCAGAGGACAGAGGACAGGAAAAGGAGGAGAAGACAGACAGACCGAGGAGAAAGGACUGGAGGACGAGACAGAAGGAGACACAGAGGACAGGAGACAGAAAGGAGGAGAGACAGAGGACAGAGACGACAGAGAAAGGAGAGACGAGAAGAACACAGAGAGACACAGAGACAAGGAGAGACAGAGAAGAACAUUUGGAGAGAGAAUGAGAGACAAGGACACAGAAGGAGAGAUGAGAAGAACACAGAGAGAGGACACAGAGGACAAGAUAGAUAGAAAGGAGAGAGAUGAGAAGAGAGAGAGAAUCAGAGGACAGGACAGAGAAGCAGAAAGGAGAAGAUGA